AUGGCGACAAAAAUCCCGGGCUCUUUGGUUGAAAGAGGGGGUCGUAACACAAAAAAAUUUCACAUAUUAGCUAAUGGUCAUAGAAGGAGUAAUCACACUGGACGCAUUCGAGUGGAAGGUGUGGAGCUGUGGUGGGAGGAAGAGGUGAGUAAUGGGAUAGUUUCUUUUUAUCAGAAGCUUUACACAGAACCUUUAGGUUGGAGACCCAAACUUGAUGGACUCCCUUUUGAUGCUUUUUCUGAGUUAGAGAGAGAGGGGUUAAAGCUUCCUUUCACUGAAGAAGAAGUUCCAAAAGCCUUAUCAAGUUGUAAUGGGGAUAAAGUUCUGGGGCCUGAUGGGUUUACUAUGCAUUUUUUUAUAGAAAGUUGGGCGGUUGUGAGAGGUGAGGUGAUGGGUACCUUUCAGGAGUUCCAUUCUACUGGUGUCUUUGAGAAGUCGCUAAAUGCAUCAUUUAUUGCCCUCAUCCCUAAGAAAGGAAGCACUUCUGACAUUAAGGAUUUUCGUCUUAUCAGUUUGGUGGGUUGCGAAUGUGUGGAUUCAAGAUUAGGCAAUGGUGUUCCUGGAGUUCUAUGCAAACUUGAUAUUGAGAAAGCUUAUGAUCAUGUUAACUGGAAUUUUCUCCUCUAUUUGCUACAAAGAAUGGGGUUUGGAAGCAAAUGGAGGAAAUGGAUUGAGACAUGUCUUUCGUUUGUCAAGUUCUCAAUUCUUGUAAAUGUUCUCGGGGAAUAA